CACACAAUGAUUAGCAGGGGCCUGGAUCCUCACCUCCUUUUCCCUUCCUCCCAGGCGGCGGACCUGCCCCAGGACUAUGGGGAUGGUGUGUCUCCUGCAGAAGGAGUGCAAGCCCUGGCUCUGCCCCAGCCCUGUGCCCCUGCUCCCCUGCCCUGUGCCAGUGACAGAGACCAGAUCUCCAAUGAGCACCUACGAGCCAAGCGGGCCAGGGUGGAGAGCAUCAUCCAAGGCAUGAGCCUCCCACCGAACCCCCUGUCGUGUGACACCAGCAGGGAGAGAGCUGACACGCAGAAGGGCUGCGAGACGCCACGGGAGAACAAGAGGAAGCCAAGGGUGCCCCAGCAGCAGCAAAGCGACGGGGCGGCCCAGUGGGCAGCCCCUGGUGCUGGCAGCCCCCAGGCACAGGGCUGCCAGCAGCUGAAGGCGCAGCUCCGCUUUUUAGAGCAGCAGCUAAGGCAGCUCCAGGAGAAGUUCUUCCAGGUCUGUGACCCCGGAGAUGCUGUCCGCGCCCAGGAAGGGAUGGAGAAAGCACAUCUACUGUGUGGAAAGCCUGGAGGCAGAUCAGGCAAGGACAGUGCCACUGCAGCCAGUGACCCUCUCACAGUGCCUUUUUGGAGGAGUGUCCCAGAGAUGGCAGGGCACGAAGCAUCAGAGGAGGAGGAAGAUGCCGGCAAUGCGGGCGGCCUGCCCUCGGAGGCCAGGGAGCUCUCGGAGAUGCUGAAGCACGAGCUUGCUGGGGCAACCUCUCGGGCGGUGGACUCUGUUCUGAAGACCAUGUGGCUGAAGUUCAGCCGCUGCAUCACUUCCCAGCUUAUCAAGUGGUUCAGCAACUUCCGCGAGUUCUACUACAUCCAGGUGGAGAAGUUUGCCCGGCAAGCCCUGCUGGAGGGUGUUGCCGACGCAAAGGUCCUGAGGGUCUCUCGGGACUCGGAGCUCUUCCGCGCACUCAACAUGCACUAUAACAAGGGAAAUGACUUUGAGGUCCCCGCGCGCUUCCUGGAGGUGGCCAGCCUGACGCUGCAGGAGUUCUUCAGCGCCGUCAGGGCAGGCAAGGACUCCGACCCCUCCUGGAAAAAACCUAUUUACAAGAUCAUUUCGAAACUGGAUAGUGACAUCCCAGAAGUGUUUAAAUCUUCUGGCUGCUCCCAGGAACUGCUCCGGAGCUGAAUCUCCAUGGAAGUGGCCUGAGACUUUUUGUAUACCAUAGCUAGGACAGGGGAGA